CGGUACCGCGGCGGGGCGGUACAGCCGCUGCGGCCGCCCCGCAAGGCGCUGCCGGCGGAGCCUUUAAAAGCCGCCGCCGGGCGCUGCCGGUUGAGCGGAGCCGAGUCGAACCGAACCGAGCAGGGCUGAACCGAUCGGGGCCGAAACGCGUGGAACCGAACCGAAGCGAGCGGUGCCGAACCGAACCGCGCGGAGCCGAAGCGAACGGAGCAGGGCCGAACGAAGCGAGCCGGGCCGCCCCUCCAUGCGGCUGCCGAGCAUGUCGCAGCCGUUCCUGCUGUUGCCCGUGGCGAGCGCCCCGGGGCCGCCGGGCCCGCAGGCGCGGCUGGCGGUGCUGGGCGCCCGCGGCGUCGGCAAGAGCGGUGAGUGCGGCGUUCGCCGGCCCUUUCCCUCCUCCCUCCGUCCGUCCGUGCCGCCUAACGCCUUCCCUCUCUGCGUUUCAGCGAUGAUCGUGCGGUUCUUGACGAAGCGGUUCAUCGGGGACUACGAGCCCAAUACAGGUAACCUCUACUCACGGAUGGUCCAUCUGGAGGGGGACCACGUUGCCCUGCAGAUCCAGGACACGCCGGGCUGCAUCCAGAUGCAGGAAGACUGCAUGCAGGUGCUGGACUCCCUGUCCAGGUGUGUGAAGUGGGCAGAGGGCUUUCUCCUGGUCUACUCCAUCACGGACUACAGCAGCUACCAGUCAGUCCGACCUCUCUACCAGCACAUACGCACGGUCCACCCCGAUGCCAGGACUCCCAUCAUUAUCGUGGGGAACAAAGCAGACCUCCUCCAUGCCAGGCAAGUAGAGGCGAAAGAGGGACUGCAGCUGGCAAACGAACUGGGCAGCCUGUUCUUGGAAAUCUCCACGAGCGACGACUCCCAAGGCGUCUGUGAUGUUUUCCAAUACCUUUGCAAGGAGGUCAGCAAGCUGCAGCACGCCGGCAGCGCAGACAGGAGGCGGUCGUCCAUCAUCCCUCGGCCCAAAUCCCCCAACAUGCAAGAUCUAAAGAGACGUUUCAAACAGGCUUUGUCUUCCAAAGUCAAAUAACCCCUUCCCCGCCCCGGUGAGGUCCCCUGUGACUCAAUAGGCUUUAUUUUUGUAAACUGGUUAAUAAAAAUCUUUAUUUUUGUACCAA